CAUAAGUCCAAGCAGUGCGCGCGUUGGGCUGGUUUGUCGGGUCAUCCUAACACACGCAGUACAUCCUUUCUUCGUGACAUCUUCCUCACAGUAUUUAUGGUAGUAGUGCUGGAUUCAGAUGCUUGGACAAUGGUUUUCGCCUACCUUAUCGGUCUGCCAGCAGUUGUGCUGCAAAGUUUACUAGGGCUCUUGGAUAUAAUGAAUCUCCCACCAGCUGAUUUCUACUAUGAGAAAGGCAUUAUAGAAUUUCAAAGCGAGUAUGACUUCGUCGUCGUGGGCGGUGGUUCUUCAGGAUGCGUGGUUGCCAACAGGCUCUCUGCUAAUCCUAACGUCUCGGUGCUUCUGAUUGAAGCUGGUCGCGCAGAAGACCUCAUAGCACGAAUUCCUUUAGCGAGCCUCGUGCACACUUAUGACUUCUCGUGGUGGUCUCGGACAGUCCCACAGCAUUCAGCGUGUCUAGCAUAUGAGGAUCAUAGCUGUCCGACCAUUCGUGGGCGUGUUCUUGGUGGCGGAAGCGUCAUCAAUGCGAUGCAGUUCGUCCGGGCGAACAGACGAGACUACGAUGACUGGGCAUCCAACGGAGCCGAAGGUUGGGCCUACGAUGAUGUGCUACCUUACUUCAAGUCCAUCGAACGCUUCGAGAUCUCUCAGUUUUACGAGGAAGCGUACCACAGCAAAACUGGCGAGGUGCCUGACAACUACGCGCCAUUUCGAAGCCAGCUCAGUCGAGCGUAUCUGCAAGGUUUGACUGACGUCGGCUAUAAUGUAAUCGACUACAACGGCGCAAGUCAAACAGGUCACUCGUUUACGCAGUUCAACCAAGAUCGUGGAGAACGCUUCAGCUCAAGCAGGGCAUUCAUUACCCCUGUGAUUCAAGAACGGGAUAAUCUUCGCGUAACUCUGAGGAGUGUGGCUACAAAAAUUCCUGUCCGUGCCAACCUCCCAGUAGGUCGAAACCUUCAGGAUCAUCACAUUACCGGUGGCGUGGCAGCAACGAUGGAAGAAAACGCAGGAAUAGAUGCGAGAAAUUUAUCCAUGGCGUCGGACUACUUUAUUAGCAGAUCUGGUCCGCUAACCGUUAACGCUGGUGUGGAAAUCCAAGCCUUCUUCAAAAGUGCCUUGGCCAUGCCAGAAAAUGAUCGUCCAGACACUCAGGCAUUCCUGGUGUCACUUUCUCCUGCAACGGCAGAGGCUGAACUGGGAUCGAGAGCGUUGGGCAUCAGGCAAGACGUGUACGACGCGUACUACAGACCAAACAGAGACAAGUUUUGCUUCAUGAUCGUUCCCAUAGUCCUGAGGCCAGCAUCCAGAGGUAGCGUUACUCUGAGAAGCGCAAAUUAUGAGGAUUCACCUGUCGUAGACCCAAGAUACUUUUCCCAUCCCGACGACAUACGUGCUGCUGUUGAAGGUGCCAAAGAAGCAAUGAAGGUUCUCUACACGCCACCUAUGCGAGCACUUGGGGUGAAGCCUUGGAACCUCACCAUGCCCGGUUGCGAAGGACAUGAAUUGUGGAGCGAUCCGUACAUCGCGUGCCUUUCGAUGCAUUUAACGGAGACUGCCUGGCAUUUUGUAGGCACAUGUGCUAUGGGGAAUGGAACCGAUGCAGUUGUCGACGCCAGGCUUAGUGUGAUUGGUGGCAUCAAGGGUCUUCGAGUGGUGGACUGCUCAAUCAUGCCUAAUAUAGUCUCGGGAAACACCAAUGUGCCCGCCAUGAUGAUUGGAGCCAAGGGAGCCGCUAUGAUAUUGCAAGACCACGGACUCUACGACCCAAACUCUAUGUAAUCUUAGCAGUAACUCAAAAUAAAGUGAAGAAUGUCGCA